UGCGGGGAGGUGCGGGGCGGCCGCGGCGGGACCAUGGAGCUGGGGGCGCGGACCGCUUUAAUUUUGAUUGCUGUUACUACUGAUACCUGAGCCAGUGGUGAUGCUACCUAGGGGACAUUUCUACAACCCAUAAGUCAACAGCUACAUGAUCGUGAGCCAUGCCCUUAGUGAAGAGGAACAUCGAGCCCCGGCACUUGUGCCGGGGAGCCCUGCCCGAGGGCAUCACCAGCGAGCUCGAGUGUGUGACCAACAGCACCCUGGCCGCCAUCAUCCGCCAGCUGAGCAGUCUGAGCAAACAUGCUGAGGACAUAUUCGGAGAGUUGUUUAAUGAGGCCAACAAUUUCUACAUCCGCGCGAACUCUCUACAGGAUAGGAUUGAUCGCCUCGCUGUUAAGGUCACCCAGCUGGAUUCCACUGUGGAAGAGGUGUCGCUACAGGAUAUCAACAUGAAAAAAGCUUUCAAAAGUUCCACAGUCCAAGACCAGCAGGUGGUUUCAAAGAACAGCAUUCCUAAUCCUGUUGCUGACAUUUACAACCAGAGCGAUAAACCACCUCCUCUGAACAUCCUUACACCGUACAGAGAUGAUAAGAAGGAUGGGCUGAAGUUCUAUACUGAUCCUUCCUAUUUCUUUGACCUCUGGAAAGAAAAAAUGCUACAGGACACAGAAGACAAAAGAAAAGAGAAAAGACGUCAAAAGAGAGAGAGACACAAGAUGAAUCCCAACAGAAGCCAGCAAAUAAGUGUGAGAAAAGUCAGGACCAGAAGAGAAGAGUGGGAGAGAAGGAAGAUGGGCAUUGAGUUCAUGAGUGACGCGAGGAGGCUGCAGCAGGCAGGGGGCGCGGCAGAGCGCAGGACGCCCGCCGGGUCCCACGCAUCAGAUGUCACGGAUUACUCGUACCCGGCCACCCCCAACCACUCUCUGCACCCGCAGCCUGGGACCCCUUCCUACGGAGCAGGUGACGCGCCGCCCCAUGGGCCGGCAGCCCAGGCCCCCGAGCAUGAGUUCCGGCCCCCGUCGGCCUCAGCCCGACACCUGGCCCUGAACAGGCCCCAGCAGCCCCCGCCGCCCCCACCGCAGGCUACGGAGGGCCCCCAGGCCCCCGCGCCCAUGGCUCCAGCCGACUACGGAUUUCCGAGCCCCUUUCCUGAGAUGCCCCAUGUAAGGAUGCCUUGUCCUGCUUUCUUCACGCUGCAGUCAGCUGUCCAGCGCUCCACAGACGUCACCUUUUCUGGUGGUUAUCAUUUGGUGCACGAUGCUGCCGGCUCAGAUCACGGAGUAUUACAGCCCCUCGGGACCCCCACGCCCCCGCCCGGCCCUCCAGGUGCCGGCUCCUCGCUCUCCUCCUCCCCAAUGCACGCCCCCCCGGGGGCCGAGGCCAAGAGGCAGGAGGCCCCGCAGCCGCCGGUCAGCGACGCCCGCAGCGACCUGCUCGCCGCCAUCCGGAUGGGGAUUCAGCUGAAGAAGGUGCAGGAGCAGCGGGAGCAGGAGGCCAAGCGCGAGCCUGUGGGCAACGACGUGGCCACCAUCCUGUCCCGGCGCAUCGCCGUCGAGUACAGCGACUCGGACGAUGACUCGGAGUUCGACGAGAACGACUGGUCCGACUGAGACGGGUGCCCAGCGGGCCGGGCCGGGCCGGGGGGGCGUGUCGACGAUGUCAGUGGUCCCAGCACCCAGAUAGUGGUAUUAUAAUCCCGUAGCUUAGCCACUUUUGUAUCAAUAAUGUGAGAUUGCUUUUGCACAUCCAAAACUUCUGGGUUUUUUCAGUAUUUACUGUGUAAUACUUAAGUGCCACUAAACAUAGCAAACCGUGCGGCACACGAGGAAAUAACGCUGUAACUAUCGCAUCGUCCUGAAAACAGCCUCUUGCUUCUUUCUCUCGGCCACAAACGCGCUCAGUGCCGUUUGGGUUCACGCUCCUUGAUCGUGAAAAUCCUGCAGACUUGCUGUGUGUUUGUGAAGCUGCCUGUUGUCAGGUGUCUGCGAGAUUCAUGACUGUGCAACAGACCAGUGUCUUCCGAUCAGUAAGCGAUAUUGUUUUCCACUUUUUAAAAAAAAAAAAAAAGGAAAAUGUGUUUCAGAAGAAGUUGGUUCUUGAGAGAAAGAUUUGACAAGUAGGAGACUCAGCUGUCUGAGCUUGCACUGUCAUGGCCCGGCGGCCUCUGUCAAUCUGGAGGCUCUGUUGAAGAACCUCGUUUUCUCUGCUGACCUUGUGAAAUGUGGACUUGGCCCUUCUCAGGCAGGAUCCCUCGCAGGCAUUCACGGAGUCAGUGCUCACUGGUGAUUUCUGUAGGAGGUUUCAGCAGCGCAGUAGGAAGGAAAGUGAAGAACAGCCCUUUUUCCUUUGGGGUUGUCAGGGACGGGGAUGCACUCAGCACCCUCAGCGGCCCCUGGCUGGGGAACCAGCCCGCACGGACCUGGGAGCAGAGCCCGUACAACCUCUCUCCUGGAACCACAUCCCAGGCGGGCCCACGUGGAGGCCUUGGAGCCACAGGGAAGGCUCCAGGUGGCACCUGGCCCCAACUGGUCUUGAGUUCUGAGAGCUUCAUUUAGGUGAGAGGAAACUGUCGCAUCUUUUUUGCCUUCCCUGGUGCUGUGGCCAGUUAGGGACCCAGCCCUUGAAGCGCACGGGUUCCUCUCCCACCACUCAUCAGCACACCACGCUUGACCAGGUACCCCGGGGGAGGGUCAACCCUUCCUUGUCCCUUCCCACGUGAUGACAGGUGAGCCCGAGCGGGUCUUCCUGUUCAAGACAAACUGCUAGGAAACUCGUGAAUGAGAACUUAGAUUCUGUAAUGCUGGGUGAAGGUGAACUGUUUGUUUGGAAGAAAAAAACACCCCAGGCUUUGAUCUCAGGUGCAACUUCACAGAUGUACAAAGACAUUUUACCCCAGAGCAGCUCUGACUUCUCUGCCACGUGCGCCUCGGGUCCUGGUGACGCUCAGUUGUGACCAAGGAAUCUGUGGCUAAAACAGAGAUGUUUGGGUGGACGGUAGGAUGUCAGCAGGACCCUGACUGCCGGGGGUGGGGGGUGUUGUUGCUGAGGUCUCCCCAGGGAGCUGCUUCUCCCACCAUCACGUCUGUGUCCCUGACACGUCUGUGUCACCUUCCCUGUGGAAGGUCACGGUCAUCCUGUGAGGGCUGCCUGACGGGCCUUGAGCCACCUAGGUUGGAACUCAAGAAGAGCCUCAGAUCUGUAUUACCCUUGUUUCCAAGUGCCCAGGCCAAGGUUGUCUCUGAGUCUUUUCAGCUAAAACCAGCUGUUCAGGCACACGCUUGUUGGAGCUCAUCACCAUGUUGUGUUGCCUCUAAGUAGUUAUUAAUCAACUCCCCAGUUCCUCUCUUUUAAUUUCUUUUUCUCCAGUGCAGAGGCCAGCUGUGUUGGCAUUUUUCUUGGGACUUUUACAAAUUGUGGUCAUAUUUUGUCUUUCUUACAGUAUUUUGUCUUUACUGUUACUUUUGGAUACGGAGGCAUCUGUGUCCUUCUAGAACCUAUGCUUGGUAAAUCUUUGUUUUUGUUUUUUUUUUUUUGUAAUGUCCCUUCUGUCCUCAGGAUGGAGAGAAUGCAUAAAGCUACUAUCCGUGUCAGGAUUUCUUCUAUUUAUAUCUUAUCACAGUAAAAUUAGUGGCACUUUAUACAUAUUCAUGAGCCUGUUAAGUAUUGGUCGUCUUCCUGUAGUUUAAUCAACAAGUUAUUUUCAACUUGAUGUUCUGACCAGUGAAAACGCUUUUGCCCUGAUGUGUUAUGUCGCCUCUAAGAGAAUGGAAAAGGACUAAAAUCCAUUUUAAAUUAUUUUUCACAGUAUUUUUCUCAGCGCUGAUUUAUUCUAAAAAUGAAAUCCAGACUUUUUCUAAUAUGAUAGCACAUGAAAAGGAAAAAGUGACUAUUUUGAACUGUCCAUUUUCAUUUUCAAGAAGUAUUUACGAGACAAAUGGAGAAAAACAUUUAAAUGCAUAUUUCCUAUCUAUGGAUUUUACAUUUUAAAGUAAGCUCUAUGUUGUAAGGUUAUUUUAUUUUUUUGUUUAGUCUAAUUUCUUACAAGCUUUUUCUCAUGUCACGGAUCAGGCAGAGGGAUGAGAAGAAGACUCAGCACCACCCAUUAACUGCACGCAUAUGAUGUAGUCAAUUUUCUGUUGUCUAGCCCUAAAACAAUAAGAUUUGGUCACUUACGAUUUUCUUCAGUAAAAGUAUACUGUUGGAGAAUUAGCAUUUUCAUUUCAGUAAAUUUUUAGAAUGUCGAAAUCUUUUCUGAGCACCACGUGGCUAGAUUGUGAAAGUUUUGUAAUAAUUUGCAGCUGAAAUUCACGAUACAUUUUCAUCCAUUGAAGACUCAUGGGAAUGUAUCAGCCAGAGUAGCAAGUAAUUUUUGUUUUCUAAACCAGAGUCUGUCACCUUGCAGUAUUACCAAUGCUGUUGUACACUGAAUUUAAAGUGGUAUUAAAAAAAAACCUCCUGGUAAACAAUUUUUAUCUGUUUGUAUAUCUUACUAUAGAUUAUGUACAAGUAACAUCUAAAUAAAAUUACACUUUUAACCCUAAA